AUGGGAGUACUCAACAUUGCAGACCAGCCUCCUCUGGUCCAGGCCAUCUUUAAUCGCAAUGCUGAUGAAGUUCAAUUAUUAUUGCACAAAAAUGAGGACGUCAAUGCACUGGAUCAAGAGCGGCGUACACCACUCCACGCUGCUGCCUGUGUGGGUGAUGUCCACAUAAUAGACCUCCUCAUAGAGGCAGGGGCCAGUGUGAAUGCUAAAGAUCAUAUAUGGUUGACCCCAUUGCACAGAGCAGCUGCUUCCAGAAAUGAAAGAGCUGUAGGUCUGCUGCUGAGGCGGGGAGCUGAGGCAAAUGCACGAGACAAGUCCUGGCAGACUCCUCUGCACGCAGCGGCUGCCAACCGUGGCACUCGCUGCGCAGAGGCCCUGCUGACCCAACUGAGCAACCUGAACAUGGCCGAUCGAAGUGGUCGAACGGCCUUGCACCACGCUGCUCAGAGCGGGUUUCAAGAGAUGAUGAAGCUACUUCUCAACAAAGGGGCCAACAUCAGUGCCAUUGAUAAAAAAGAAAGACAACCUAUUCAUUGUGCUGCUUACCUUGGACAUCUGGAGAUUGUAAAAUUACUGGUGUCCCGAAGUGCAGACAAGAAUUGCAAAGAUAAGCAGGGUUACACGCCCCUUCACGCUGCUGCUGCAGGUGGUCAUAUUGACAUAGUUAAAUACCUUCUGCGGAUGGGCACCGAGAUUGAUGAACCAAAUGGCUUUGGAAACACAGCACUGCAUGUGGCAUGCUACAUGGGGCAGGAGGCUGUGGCGACUGAACUUGUCAAUCAUGGAGCAAACGUUAACCAGCCCAACAAGUGUGGCUACACCCCUCUGCACUUGGCUGCUGUCUCCACCAACGGUGCCCUCUGUCUGGAGUUGCUGGUCAACAAUGGGGCAGAUGUCAACCAGCAGAGUAAAGAAGGGAAGAGCCCUUUGCACAUGGCAGCCAUUCAUGGGCGCUUCACACGCUCUCAGAUCCUCAUUCAAAACGGUGGGGAAAUUGAUAGUGUGGAUAAGCAUGGCAAUACUCCUCUCCAUGUUGCUGCUAAGUAUGGCCAUGAAUUGCUGAUCAGCACUCUGAUGACCAAUGGAGCAGACACGGCCAGACGUGGGAUCCAUGGAAUGUUCCCUUUGCACUUAGCUGUGCUGUACGGGUUUUCAGACUGUUGUCGCAAGUUACUUUCCUCAGGUCAGCUGUAUAGUAUAGUUUCCUCUAUGAGUAAAGAGCAUGUACUAUCAGCUGGGUUCGACAUAAAUACCCCUGACAACUUUGGGAGGACCUGUCUACACGCUGCUGCCUCUGGAGGAAAUGUUGAAUGUCUGAAAUUGCUCUUAAGCAGUGGUACUGACUUGAACAAGAGGGACUUGAUGGGAAGGACACCGUUGCACUAUGCGGCUGCUAAUGGGAGGUACCAGUGCACUGUGGGCCUGGUGAGCGCUGGGGCUGAGGUCAACGAGGCGGACCAGACCGGCUGCACUCCCCUGCACUACUCUGCGGCCUCCCAAGCCUUCAGCAGAGUCGACCGUCAGUUUUCUGAAAAUCAUCAAAAUAAUAAUGAAGACGAAGCAAAAGAGUCGUACUUCUGCUUAGAGCAUCUUCUGGACAAUGGUGCUGAUCCUUCAAUGGUCAACGCAAAAGGUUACAGCGCCGUUCACUAUGCAGCUUACCAUGGGAACAAACAAAACCUGGAGCUGCUCCUGGAGAUGUCCUUCAAUGCACUAGGAGACAUUGAAAGUAGUAUUCCAGUUAGCCCCCUGCAUCUUGCGGCUGAUGGCGGCCACUGGGAGGCGCUGCGGGUGCUGACUGAGACUGCUGCGUAUGUGGACAUGCAGGACGCUGCAGGGAGGUCUGUGCUCUACCUGGCUGCACAGAAAGGCUUUGCUCAUUGUGUGGAAGUGCUGCUGGCGCAGGGCGCCUCCUGCCUGCUCAAUGACAACAACCUCAUGUGGACUCCCAUUCAUGUUGCAGCUGCUAAUGGUCACGCAGAAUGUCUUCGCAUGAUGAUAGAUUACGGCGAAGAGGGGGAUCUCACCAACGUCGCUGACAAAUUUGGCCAGACUCCCCUGAUGCUCGCUGUUUUGGGAGGUCACAUAGAUUGCGUUCAUCUUCUGCUUGAGAAAGGUUCCUCACCUGAUGCCAAGGACAAGAAGAGCAGCACUGCUUUACACAGAGGGGCUGUGUUUGGUCACACUGACUGCGUCGCAGCUCUUCUGGACCACAAAGCGACUGCACUGAGCCGGGACUCCCAGGGUAAGACCCCUCUGCACUACGCUGCGUCUCGAGGCCACACUGACAUCCUGGCCGCGCUGACGCAGGCCGCCAUCGCCACCGACCCCCACGACAAACUGCUGGACAACAAACAAUAUACGCCGUUACACUGGGCUGCGUACAAAGGGCAUGAAGACUGUUUGGAAGUUUUACUUGAAAACAAAACAUUUAACCAUGAAGAGGGAAACCCUUUCACUGCACUGCACUGUGCUCUAAUGAAUGGCCACAGCAAUGCUGCAGAGAGGCUGCUGGAGACGGCCGGAGUCCAAAUGAUAAACAUUCGAGAUGCCAAAGGAAGGAUGCCUCUGCACGCUGCUGCGUUUGCGGAGGACGUGGCAGGACUUCAGCUCAUACUUCGUCAUGGAGUGGAGGUGAACACGGUGGAUGACAGCGGCCGCUCCGCCCUGAUGGUUGCUGCUGACAGGGGUCACAGUGGCUCAGUGGCCAUCCUCCUUCAUCGGGCCAAGGCUGAUCUGACUUUGCUUGACGAGAGUAAGAACACUGCCCUGCACUUGGCCUGCAGCAAGGCUCAUGAGAUGUGUGCCUUGGUGAUUCUGGGCGAGAUCAAUCACAAUCCCACUCUAAUAAACGCCACCAAUAGUGCUCUGCAAAUGCCUCUCCAUCUCGCAGCCCGUAACGGCCUGUCCACUGUAGUCCAGGCGCUGCUGAGCAGAGGAGCCACUGUGCUGGCCCUGGAUGAGGAAGGUCACACGCCAGCCCUCGCCUGUGCCCCUAACAAAGACGUGGCUGACUGCCUGGCUCUGAUCCUCUCUACCAUGAAGCCUUUCCCUCCGCGGGACCCUCCCUCCUCCUGCCCCUGCUCCUCCCCUUCUGUGUCACCCUCCCCUGGUCUCAACAUUCUCAAGCACUGCGGCAUCACGGCGGCCUGCACCCCGCUCCCCAGCAACGGCCUCCACAACGGCUUCGUCAAAGAGCGCCACGGGGCGGCGGUGGGGCUGGACGGCUGCCUGUCGGAGUGA